AUUCAUCUGGGAGAGGAAUGGUGGUAGCCUUUAAGUGUCUGCAUACAGGUUUUCUUAGGCUGGAAGCUGAAUUCUUUUCACCUACAAAUUCUGCUUUAGAAUGGGGAAGGAAUUUAGAAAGAACAGCCUGCAGACUCUUAAUUGAAGAUUCUGUUACUAAGAGCCUGGCUUUACUGCUGUUUGAGAACUCUUUGAAAGUUAGAGCCAACGGUUUUUUUUCUAAGAUGGUUCUAUUCUUAAAUAAUUUUUUGAAGCCACAAAACUAGCCACCAAAAUCAUUCCUUCGAAGUUCCUUUAACUCACAAGGUGAAUUGGGAUGGCUUAAAUACCUCUCACCAGCAGCCUCCAAGAGUCUAGAACACAAGAGGAGCCUAAAAUUUAAGGGGGGAAAAAAAUGAAAAGCUUUAAAAACCUGAACUGUUCAACAGAUCCUGGGAACGUGCCUCCGAACACCUGUGAAACAGCUGAUGUUCAUUUAGCAGCUCAGCAUCUGAAGUAUGUCUCAGGAAGGUGAUUAUGGGAAGUGGACAAUAUCCAGUAGUGAUGAGAGUGAGGAGGAAAAGCCAAAACUAGACAAGCCAUCUACAUCUUCCCUCCCCCAUGCUGGGCCAAGAGCAGCAAAUGAGCCAAGUUACACCUGUUCUGAGGCUAGAAAAGUUGCCUAUAAAAGAAAAAUCUCACCUGUGAAGUUCAGCAACACAGAUUCACAAGUUUCAUCUCCGAAAAGGCAGAGGAGUGGUUCCCAGGAAGACCUAGGUUGGUGUCUCUCCAGCAGCGAUGAUGAGCUGCAACUGGAAACACAACAGAAACAGGUUGAGAACGUGGUGGUCAGAGAGGAGCAUGGAGUCUCUUCUUCCAAGGGCAGUGCCACCCAAAGAACUGGAAAUCACAGCCCUCCUGCCCACCAUGGGUUCAAAGAGGAGGAAGAGGAGUAUGAAACCUCAGGGGAAGGCCAGGACAUUUGGGACAUGUUGGCAAAAGGGAACCCCUUCCAAUUCUACCUCACUCGGGUCUCGGGAAUCAAGCCAAAGUAUAACUCUGGAGCCCUCCACAUCAAGGAUAUCUUAUCUCCUCUAUUUGGGACACUUGUAUCUUCAGCUCAGUUUAACUACUGCUUUGAUGUGGACUGGCUCAUAAAACAGUAUCCACCAGAGUUCAGGAAGAAACCAAUCCUGCUUGUGCACGGAGAUAAACGAGAAGCUAAGGCUCACUUACAUGCCCAGGCCAAGCCUUAUGAAAACAUUUCCCUCUGCCAGGCAAAGUUGGAUAUUGCAUUUGGAACACACCACACGAAAAUGAUGUUACUACUGUAUGAAGAAGGCCUCCGGGUGGUCAUACACACCUCCAACCUCAUCCAUGCCGACUGGCACCAGAAAACUCAGGGAAUAUGGUUGAGCCCCUUAUACCCACGGAUGGCCCAGGCAACCCACAGAUCUGGAGAAUCAGCAACACAUUUUAAAGCUGAUCUUAUCAGCUAUUUAAUGGCUUAUAAUGCUGCUCCUCUCAAGGAGUGGAUAGAUACCAUCCACGAACAUGAUCUCUCAGAAACCAAUGUUUAUCUUAUUGGAUCAACCCCAGGACGCUUUCAAGGAAGCCAUAAAGAUAAUUGGGGACAUUUUAGGCUUAGAAAGCUUCUGAGAGAGCACGCCUCAUCCAUAACUAAAGGAGAGUCUUGGCCGAUAGUAGGUCAGUUUUCAAGCAUUGGGUCCAUGGGAGCUGACGACUCAAAAUGGUUGUGUUCUGAGUUUAAAGAAAGCUUGGUGACGCUGGGGAAGGAGAGCAGGACUCCAGGGAAGAGUGCUGUUCCUCUUCAUCUGAUCUAUCCUUCUGUGGAAAAUGUGCGGACCAGCUUAGAAGGAUAUCCAGCUGGGGGCUCUCUUCCCUAUAGCAUCCAGACAGCUGAAAAACAGAAUUGGCUCCAUUCCUAUUUUCACAAAUGGAUGGCUGACACAUCUGGCCGCAGCAAUGCUAUGCCACAUAUUAAAACAUAUAUGAGAUCCUCUCCAGACUUCAGUCAAAUUGCUUGGUUCCUUGUCACAAGCGCAAAUCUGUCCAAGGCCGCCUGGGGAGCAUUAGAGAAGAAUGGUGCCCAGUUGAUGAUCCGUUCCUAUGAGCUUGGGGUCCUUUUCCUGCCAUCAGCAUUUGGCCUGGACAGCUUCAAAGUAAAACAGAAAUUCUUCUCAGGGAGCAAGGAGCCAGCAGCCGCCUUUCCUGUGCCAUAUGACCUGCCUCCAGAACUGUAUGGAAAUAAAGUUUCUGAAACACCCGUUAAAAGAGGGGAAAGUACGUUUAUUGAGCAUCUAAAACAUGCCAGGAACUUCCACAGAUCGGCCAUGGAUUUGGAACAUUCCUUAUACCAAAGCACCAGAUACACAUGGGAACAUGUGGGUUCCCUCCUGAGAAUCUUAAAACACUGAAAUUUAGGUGUAAGACGUCGUGCCCCAAGUAUUAUAUUCUUAUUUGUACUGGAUGUUCACCCUUACAGUUUUAUCUACACCCCUAACAAAACUCUGCAUAGGUCACUCUUGUGAACUUGGAUGUUCCUUUUACUUUGGUCAUUAACAGUGUCACUAAAAAAUAUAUUUUCUUAGUUCACCUUUUUAAGCUUUGGAAUGAAAGCUAUCCGAUUUGAUAAUGUUAAGAGAAUAUAAUAGCCAUAAAAUCAUUCUCACAGUGA